CUGCUGCUGCUGCUGCUGGCGCCGGCCGAAGCCGUCUCGCCGCAGCCGGACACGUCCCCGGUGCCGGGGCUGGAGGGAACCGUCACGGCCGAGCCGUGGGGCUCCGUCCCGCCGGGGCAGGAUGGAUCCGUGCCUCCGGGGCAGGACGGAUCCCUCCUGCCAUCCCGGCCGUGGCUCUGGCCCUCCAGCUCCCUGCAGGUCGUGCUGGCGGCCCUGCGGCUGCUCCAGCGCGGCUCCCCGGGCCCCUGCGCCCUGCGGCUGCGGGUCUCACACCCCCGGCACGGCUGGCAGCUCGGGGCCGCGCAGCGCCAGCAGGAGCUGACCUUCCUCGUGCAGGACGCGUGGUGCCAGCCCACGGGGACGCCACCGACCGCGUGCCCCAGCUGCCGCCUGAAG